AUGGGCCAAUCGCCUUUCUUCUACUACAACCCGGACCCUAGCCCCGAGAACCGCCAGCACGGUCACUUUACGCCUCAUCCCCAUGGCCAGCAGUCCUUCACCAGCCAACCCCAGCUAGGCUCGACGCCGGACAUGAUGUACACUUCCAACCCCUUCUACGGCCGGCCGUCUUCCUCGAGCUCGCAAGCGGGCUACACUUCGCAACCCUACCAGUCGCAAGCCAUGUUGACGCCCCUCGCCUCGCCCCAGCCCAUGCACCAGAAGCCCGCCAUCCUCGUCCACCAGGACAACUUCCUCGCUCCCAUUGAGACCGACUUUGACUUCCGCUUUGCCCCCGCGACGCCGCCUCUCUCUUCGUGCGGCAGCGCCAUCAGCAGCCCGCCGUCCAUGUGCGACUUCCUGCCUACGCCGGUCAACGGUAGCUUCAUGGAGGGUAUCGAGGGUGUCAAGCAGGGUUGUGAGGAGGAGGUGUUCUCGGAGAUUCUCGCUGGUGGUGACUGGGCGCGGUCGGCAUCGCCGCCCAUGACGCCAGUCUUCAUCCAGCCGCCCACUUCGGCUGCGACCCAAACCCAAAACACUGCCGCCCCCUACCUUCUUUCCGCCACCUCGUGCCCCUCGCUUUCGCCCUCGCCGUCGCCUCUGCCGCGCACUCCCAUCGAGAGCGAAGCCGACUUCUGCGACCCCCGCAACCUCACCGUCACUUCGGCGCCUUGCCUGCCCACUCUCUGCUCUGGUGACGACGAGGAGCACAAGCUGAUGCUCCGCGGCGACGCAUUCACUGCCAAGACCGAGCAAACGCCCACCCCUGUCGACUUCACCCAGCCGCACGGCCUCCCCACUUUCGAGCCUCUGUUCGAGCUCGACUCUGAGGACGACUUCACCGGCCUCGUUCAGUUCUCCGGCUCCGACAACGUCAACUACAACAACGGUAGCAACAAGCGCCAGCGCACUAACUUCCAGUCGCUCUCUCUCGACGAGGAGCACGCUUUCGACGAGGACAGCUUCAGCGACUUUGACGACGACUUCGCCGCCACCGGCCUCCUCACUCCCGACUCGGACGCUUCCUUUGCCGACGAGAUGGCCGAGGGCCGGAGCAAGAGGCGCCAGACCAGGAAGAGGAGCGACGACUCCGACUCCGACUUUGUUCUCGGCAAGAGCCACAGCAGCCGCAGCGCCCAGAAGCAGGCCGCCUCUGGCCAGCACCAGUCUGCUGCCCAGGGUCAGGCCGAGGCCGCCGACUCCGUCAUGGCCUCCAGCUCCGAGUCGAGCGCUCCCGUCAACGCUCCCGUCAGCCGCCGUGGCCGCAAGCAGUCUCUGACCGAGGACCCCUCCAAGACUUUCGUCUGCACUCUCUGCUCUCGUCGCUUCCGUCGCCAGGAGCACCUCAAGCGUCACUACCGCUCGCUCCACACGCACGAGAAGCCCUUUGAGUGCUCCGACUGCGGCAAGAAGUUCUCUCGCAGCGACAACCUGUCUCAGCACCAGCGCACUCACGGCACCAACACGGUCGUCAUGAAUGUCAUGGACGAGGCGGAGCUGAGGAGGCAGAAGGAGGAGUCGUACGACAGCCAAGACACAGCGGCGCUCGGCGCCGCCCUGUACAGCGCCGUGGCGGCCGUCUCGAGCGGGUCUUCGACCGGCUCGUUGUCGGAUCGCGACGACAAGAAGUCCAAGAACAAGAGGAAGCGGGACGAGUAA